AUGACGGACACUGGGACCGGCACUGGGAGCGCUCCAGGACUGCUCUGGGACCGGGACCAGCAUUGGCACCGGAAGAACUCCAGGAGUGAGACUGAGAGCGGUACCAGAACCAAGACCGAGACUGGCGUGACUGUCGCAAGCCCAGAGCAUUGGCCGCCGCACCGCCCUAACCGGCGCGCCGCUCCCCUCGAGGGAGGCGCGCGCCGGCGGGCGGCCGCGACGGCCGGCUUUCGCUCCGCGUCCCCUUUUUCCUCCCCUCCUCCUCUUUUCCCCCCCUACAACUCCCCUCUCCCUCCCGGCCAACCCCUCGCGCCCCGCGGCGCCAGGAGAGGACGGAGAGCGAGAGAGAGAGCGAGCGGGAGAGAGAGAGAGAGAGAGAGAGAGACAGAGACGACGGAGACGGAGACUCCCAUCCCGGAGACGAGAACCGAAGAGGAGCGCGGCAGAGACGGCCCUGACGAGGGACCCGGCCGGCCGUGCGGCUUCGCGGCGGCCUCGGCGGAGAGACGGAGAGAAAGGCGACGGGCUCGCCGACGCGCCGGGGACCGCCACAGAGGACUCGGGGAAGGAGGAGCGGGUUACGACCCCCGUCCCCGGCGCUCGCGCCUCGCGUGCGCGCGGCAGCACACGGCACGGUACCCCCGCGGUACCCACCCGCAGACAGCCGCCCGCACGGGGGUGGAGCCCGGGGGCGAGGCCCGCGCCUCGCCUCCCCUUUCUCGCCCUCUCUCGGACCACGGCGGCGUCUUCGAGACGCCGUCUUCUCUCUCGCUCUCGCCCCGGCCGCCGCCGCCGCACCGCGCGGCACGGCCCCGGCAAGGACGAGCUCCGCCCCAGCGGCUCGUUCCGGGAGCGGGGAGCUACGGAGCGCUCCCCGAGUCUGCAUUUAGGGGGACGAAGGCCCUGCGCGGAAGCAGCGGCGACGACGACCGCGACGACGACGAAGCCCCGCCGGGCCGCAGGGAAAAGAGGGCCGAGGCCGCCGAGGGAAACGCUUCCCUCGCCGAACCCCCGGACACCGCCUUCCCUCCGGGCACCGGCCGGGACGACGCCGCCGCCGCCGCCGCCGCCGCCGCCGCCGCCGCCGCCGCCUACCGCGGGCAACGGACCUGCGAGGCGACCCCAGCCGCGCCGCCGGGGCGGCCCCCGGGCGGCGAUUGA